AUGGCGACCGUUGCCAAUGGAACGACAAAUGGUGUGACCAACGGCGAUCGACCAGCCGGCCCGGUCAGUACUCGAUUCUCAGACAUCCCGUCCGCCAUUGAUAUUCCCGUGCAAGGAGACCAAGAAGAUGAAGCCGUCGAAAUCGAUCUCGAAGACCUCUUGGAUGACCCUACCGAGCUUUGCACUCUUUUCGAGAACGAGCGAGCCGCGAAAACGUAUUGGAUGACUGUUGCGCUGGCGUAUGCGAAACAGAAAAAGAUUGACCAUGCCAUCGAAAUGCUCAUCCGAGGCAGCGGCUCCAUCCAGAGCAACAGCAGCAACCCGCGCGAUAAAGUCAGCAUGAUUUGCUGCUUGUGCUGGAUGUACCUAUGGAAGAGUCGUGAAGCACCGCGUGUUGCGCCAGAUGGCGUACGAGUCUCCGAGGCCAAGACGAAAGAAUAUUACCUCCAGCUGGCUACCUCGUCGUUGAACGACGCAGCCCGGCUGAACCCAUCGUUUCCGCCUAUUUUUCUUGCCCGUGGUGUUCUGUUACUGUUGCGCGCAUCACUUCAGGCCCCUUCCAAGACGGCAGGAGGAAUAGGCUCUGAGAAGAACGAACUGCUUAAGACGGCAGUCAAGUCUUUUGACGAUGCGCUCCGAGUCUCGCAAGGCAAAAAUAUGCUGGCCCUUAUGGGCAAGGCAAGAGCAUACUUCUCCAUGCACAAGUAUCCAGAUGCUUUGGCGACAUAUCAGGAUGUUUUGCAAAAGAUGCCCGAUCUGGUUGACCCUGAUCCACGAAUUGGCAUUGGGUGUUGCUUUUGGCAACUGGGAUUCAAGGAGGAUGCCAAGGUGGCAUGGGAACGAAGUAUGGAGAUCAACCCCGAAUCGAAAAUUGCCAACAUCUUACUCGGCCUCUUCUAUCUCGACGCCAGCGGUCAUGUUCCGGUCAACAGCGACGAAUUCUUGAAACUCUACAGGCGAGCCAUGACGGAAUACACUCAGAAAUCGUUCAAGCUGGAUAAAGAGGUUCCCAUCACUUGCUCUACCUUUGCUGGUUACUUUUUGUCUCGCAAGGCAUGGGACAACGCCGACAAACUGGCGCACAAGGCCAUUCAAUAUACCGACGUCAACGCCAUUGCUAGUGAUGGGUGGUAUCUGCUGGCUAGAAAGGCUCACUAUGCUGGGGAUACGGAAAAGGCCAGCGACUAUUAUCGUCGUGCAGAUGAUGCUCGUGGAGGUGCAGAUACGGGCUACCUCCCGGCCAAGUUUGGUGUGGCUCAGCUGUCUGUGUUGAAGCAAGAUUUAGGCGAAGCUAAGCUUCGUCUGGAGAAGAUGAUUCAACAGUCCAAGAACCACGAGGCCAUGAUUCUGUUGGGAACGCUCUACGCAGAAGAGAUAUUUGCUAGCCAGAAGAGUGACAGUAAAGAGGACAAAUCUGCAGAGAUGAAGAAGGCCAUCACUCUCUUGGAAGGCGUUCGCAACGCGUGGAAGGACCCGAAGCGUACGAUUGCCCCCGACGCCUCUGUUCUCCUCAAUCUGGCUCGGUUAUAUGAACUGGAUCAACCUGAGAAGGCAUUGCAGUGUCUUCAGCAGGUUGAACAGCUUGAGAUGGACCAAAUUCCAGAGUCAGAGCGUCCCGUAGACACAGAAGACGAAGCAAAUGCACAAGCAGAAUUGAGGAAGCUUCUCCCUCCCCAGCUUCUGAACAAUAUUGGCUGCUUCCAUUCUCAAGCCGAGAAGCACGAGUUGGCCAGUGAGAUGUUCGAGGCCGCACUCAGCGCAUGCAUGCGAAUUGGCGAAAAGGAACCCAGCAUGGAUACGGAUGCUUUGGUUUCGUCAAUUAGCUUCAACCUCGGUAGGAGCUACGAAUCAAGGGGUUUGACGGACAAGGCAAUCGAGGUUUAUGACGGCCUGUUGGCUCGUCAUGACGACUACACCGACGCGCGUACUAGAUUGGCGUAUAUCAAACUGCGGAAGAACCCUAAUAAGGAAGGACCAGAUGCAGUCGCCAAGCUGUACCAGGAGAACACUAGUGACUUGGAAGUUCGAGCUCUAUAUGGUUGGUACCUUGGCAAGGUACAUUCCAGAAAACGGCCGGCAAACAUUGCAGAGGACCCUGAAUUUCGCCACUACAAGCACACAUUGCAAAAUUAUGACAAGCAUGAUCGGUAUGCUCUCAUUGGCAUGGGCAACUUAUACUUGCUGCAGGCCAGAGAGAUGCGUCGUGAGACGGAUUCAGAUAAGCAGAAGCGAAGCGUCAUCUAUGGCAAGGCCGUGGAGUUUUUCGAAAAGGCCCUUUCACUAGAUCCCAAGAAUGCCUAUGCGGCUCAAGGUGUGGCUAUUGCUCUGGUGGAAGACAAAAAGGACUACAAGACAGCCCUCGCAAUCUUCAAUAAGGUUCGAGAAACAGUGAGGGAGUCCCAUGUCUAUGUCAACCUGGGGCACGUCUUUGCGGAAUUAAGGCAAUACUCGAAGGCAAUUGAGCACUACGAAAUUGCUCUCACCAAGGAUGGCAAAACCAACGACCCGGUUAUCUUGUCUUGUCUGGGGCGUACGUGGCUGAAUAGAGGUCGCACGGAGAAGGACAUUGAUGCCUACAGUAAAGCCCUCGAGUGUGCCCAAAAGGCCCUGGAAGCCGCACCGGACCAAGUACAUUACAAAUUCAACGUGGCCUUUGUGCAAAUCCAGCUGGUUACCACGAUUCAAAACCUACCUGAGAAUAGAAGAAGCUCCGAGCAGCUAGAGACGGCCGCCGCGGGUCUCGAGGCCGCAAUCGAAUCCCUCGACACCAUUGCCACCCUUCCCCAAACUCCCUACCCCAAGCACGACAUCGAACAACGUGCAAACAUGGCACGUAACACCCUCCGCAAACAGCUCGAGCGAGCCAUUGCCAAGCAAAAGGAGUGGGAAGAGAAGAACAAAGAGAAGAUCCAAGCGGCCAAGGAGCAGCGUGAGGCCGAACUCAAGCGUCGCGAGCAACAACGCCAAUUGGUCCUCGAGAAGGAGCGCGAGCGUCAAGACAAGAUCCGCAAGGAACGAGAAGCCAUCGCCGCCCGAGACCGAGCCCUCGCCGAGCAACGUGCUGAAGAAGAGCGCCAAAAGGCAGAGGCGGAAUUGACCACCGACUCCGAGACAGGUGAAAAGGUCAAGCGGAAGCGUAAGCCCGCGCCGCGCGCAUCCGGCGAAGGAAAGACCAAGAAGACACCCAAGAAGAAGAAGGCGGACCGUGACGAGGACGACUCAGAAGAAGAGUCGCAUACCAAGAAACGACGACGUCUUACCAAGAAGGAGUCAUCUAAAUUCAAAUCUGCAGAGAUUGUUGUCGACAGUGAUGAAGAUGAUGACGACGACGACGCCUUGGAACGAGCGGAGCGAGACAUGGAGCGCGAAGGGACGCCCGCGUCGGAAGGAGAUGACGAUGCGGUUGAGAAGAUGGACGUUGAUGAGGAGGACCAGCCUGCUCAUAGUGGUGGCGAAGAUGAAGACGAUGCUGGUCCACGGUCUAAGCGUUCGAGAAGGGGACGGGUUGUGGAGGAAAGCGAGGAGGAGGAAGAGUAG